UGACCAAUUGGCUUCCGCUUUGGAUGAAGGCGCCGGCGUUGACCUGCUUCAAAUAAAACCGUGAGAAAAGGAGGAAAGACUGUAAUGUUCAUACAAUUUCAAAUGUAGUCGCAAUGUGGUGAUAAAAUCACCGGCGCUGGAGUGGAUGAGGAGGAGCCGGCUGCCUCAGGCGAGAGAUGUCAGACCGAUCAGGCAAAGAGUUUAUUUAUCGCUAUAUAUCCAGACCCCACAUGUCUCCCCAUAACAGUCCCACUGAAACACUGCCUGUAUUUACCAGUCAUAAUUUAAGUUUAUUUUGCACAAAGGAGAAUGUUGAGCAAUGCACAGCAUACCUCAAUCGGGAACUCACUGCAUUGGGAUUUCCAUCUUUUUACGCUGAAGACAGCACACAGAAAGAACUAAACUUGGAGGCCAUUCUAAAUUGCAUGUAUGACCUGCUUCAACUUCAUCGCAAAAGUCUUCGUGCGUUAGAAGAUAUGGAAACACAAAACCUGAAAUCCAGUAGUGAUAUGGAUCAUUUGUACCACAGCCAAGUUAAACUAAAGGAUCAACUGGAAUUAUCUCGUAGAGAAGUUAUAGCUCUUCAGGAAAAAGACAGACAACUACAGUUGAAGAACAGAACUUUACAUGGCUUACUAAAGAAUGAAAAGGAGGAGACACAAAAAUUACAAAAUAUAAUAGCAAGUCGAGCUACUCAAUACAAUCAUGACUUGAAGAGAAAGGAACGAGAGUACAAUAAACUGAAAGAACGCUUGCACCAACUCGUGAUGGAUAAAAAAGAUAAAAAGCUAUGUAUUGACAUUCUGAAUUAUGUGGGUCGGUCUGAUGGCCGGCGUAGUGCAUGGAGGACUGGGAAAACCGAAGCCAGGAAUGAAGGGGAAAUGUACAAAUCUCUUAUAAACAACUAUGAAAGGCACCAUAAAGAACUGAUGCUGGAAAAUAUUGAACUGAAGCAAGUUCUACAGCAGAUGAAGAAAGAUAUGAUGUCUAUUCUUAGCCGCAUAAAGCAGAGACCAAAAGAACACCUAGAAGAUAGCAGUGGUAUAGCAGGGUCUGACAAUGAAGAGGAUUCUCAUGAAUCAAACAAAGAAAAUAACUUGGAGCUUUCGUGUGAUGUAGUCCGGGAACAACUCACAAACAGUAUUCGGCAACAGUGGAGAAUGCUGAAAAGCCAUGUUGAGAAACUGGACACUCAAGCAUCCUUAGUAAACUGCAGUUUUCAUGAAAGUGGUGACAUUAUCAACAAAGAUGAUCAUGUGCAAGAAAUUGAGAAGCUGAAAAUAGAAAUUCAGCAGUGCAGGGAUGUGAUCAAAGCUCAGCAACAGUUGUUACAGCAACAGCUUAAUCCCCAAUGUGAUGAUGAAACAGCUGUAUUAGUGCGAGACUGCUACUUACUGGAAGAGAAAGAACGAUUGAAAGAAGAAUGGAGACUAUUUAAUGACCAGAAGAAAAACUUUGAAAGAGAAAGAAGGAAUUUUACAGAGGCUGCCAUUAGAUUAGGACACGAGAGGAAAGGUUUUGAAGAGGAACGAGCAACGUGGUUGAAGCAGCAGUUUUUGAACAUGACUCCUUUUGUGGAGAGCAAAAGGCCAAAAAUAAUGAAGCCACAAAGUGCCUCAUCCAUUAGUCCUGGGCAGGAGAACCACAAGAUACAAUCACAGCCAAAUAUGUCUUCUUACCUCCGACCUAAUACAGCUCCAGUAACUACACUGGAACCUUCAAGUACCAAAUUUCCUCCAAUAAAUAGUGCCAAGUCUUCAGAAACGGGUCGAAAAAUGCACCUCACUCAAGGAACUAGCUCAAGAUUUGUACCAAAAAGGGGAGAUUCAGGCAGUUAUGACGCAAAGAAAAGUUUAGCCCCUCCUGAGAAAUGGAGGAACUCAAAGGCCAGCCCUGAUCACUGGUAUAUUAACGGGUGUUCUACGCCUUUGAACCAUUCACCAGAAGAUGACAAUUUGGACAAAAAUUCUGUACAGUCUGCAAUUGAGACUAAUCUCAAAUGACUUAUGCAGGAACUGUGACUCCAGAUUCUGUAAAUCUCUCUGGUCCUUAGAAUGUAGUAUUCUACUGAAAUAAUGCACUUGCAUUUAUACAUGUCACAGUGACAUUUGAAGACUACUUCAAGCAGCACUUUGUAUGUGGAGUGGAAAUUGUUGAAUAGGAAGACUGUGUGACUUUUAAUUUUCCAUAGGGACACUGUUUACAUCUGAGUGGGUUGGAAGAACCUCAUUUUAAAUGGGUUUUAUUUUUCUCUUGGCUAUCGACUUUAUUUAAGGAGUAGGAGCAAGCAUUUUUUUUUAAGAUUUUUUAAAAAUUUUAAAUAUUUUGACUUUGGAACGUGUUGGUGUAGUUUAAAUGAACCACAAGAGCAGCUGAAACAUUUUUUUAACCUUUUGACAUUACUGGCAAUACCCAAAAUAUCUUGCAUGUGUCAGAUCAUCACUACCAGCAAUAGUUGCUCAAAUCAAGUCAUUGUAAAAUGUUCUGAUUAUUUAAUUGUUUAUUUUUAAACUAGUGCUGCUUUAAAUGUAACACAUUAAAUUUUUGCCCCUGAAAGAUGGAAAUUUAAUAAAAUGUGUUCACAGA